AAAUCCAAGUGACAAAUAACUGUAAAAACAAAAUGUCAGGUAAUCUGUUGAUUAUUUAAUCAUUGAUGAAGAGACAAUUUAUUAAUCAUCACUAAUCAUCAAUAGUAAAAGUGUAAAUCCAUAACAAAUUAAGUUUUUCUUUUGGUUGGACAACAAGAUUGAUGAGAAAAAGAAAAGGGAGAAAGAAAAGAAGAUGAUAAACAAGAGAGAGAGAGAGAGAGAGAGAAUUGGAUGAUAGGAAGAUAGGAAGAUAGAAAGAGAGAGAAGACAAGUUUACCUUUUAUUUUGCUUCAUUCUCCCGGAGGGAAGUUUACAGGGUGGAAACUUUUUCCACUCUAAGAAGUUGGUAGUUGAUCACCGAAAGAAACCAGUUUCAGUGUUGACUUGAUCUCCAUCAGACUAACAUCUCGAUUCCAAUUUCAUCCUCAUCUUUAAAGAAAAUUUAUCAAUUUUUACCAAUUUCUUUUUCUUUCUUCUAUCAUAAUGUUACCUUGUUAAAGAAGCGACAUUUCAAUCAAUGAGAAACCAACGAACAACAAUUUACAAAUCAACACCAAUUAGGAAAAAGAUAUCAAGUGAAAUAAUUUUGGAAUCUUCAAUCAGCUGAUUAUUAUUAUUAUUUUCCUUCCCUUGAUUAAUAUAAUUGCCAAAGUUUUUUUUUUCUCCAUAUUAAUUGAGUUGAUAUUGUUUUCUUUUUUUUAUCUACAAUUAUCGAUCAAUUAUUCGCCAUUUUCUCUGUGACAAGAUAAUCAUAAUUCUAAUUGUUGACCGUUAAUCCAUUGGAAAGGAUAAUCUCUCAAUUCGGUAAUGAGAAUUGGUCUUGAUUUUGGAAAACAAAUCAAAAGGAAAGUGUGUAUGUGUUUACAAUCAACAAUUGGAAGUGUUUAUAAUCACCAUCAUCAUCACUCAAUCUAUUGAUUUCCAAUACAUUUUAAAAGAGAAGAUUUUUUUUCUCUUCUUUCUAAUUUUCUGGUUCAAUUUCUGGUUUGGAAUAAACAAAAAAUACAAAAUCUUUUGUUUUUCCAUCUCUUCAAUUGUUGACAAUUAGCCCAUCACAAUAUCUAACCUUUAAUUAGCCCAUUAUUUGAGAGCAAAAUCAAGUAAUUGUUACCCUGUGAGAUCAAUUGUUCAUCGUAAUUGUUUGGUGUUUCAAUCUCUUUUAGUUUUCAUUCACUAAUCACAAUAAUCAACAACAACAAAAAAGAGGAGAAAAUCAUCAAAUUAUACUUGAUAGAAAAGAGAAAGAUGAAAAUUGUUACAAUUUAGAUGAAAAUUUGAUCGAAAAUAAUUUACCUGUGAAUCCAAUUGAUUGAAUCGCUUUUUUUAACGGUAAAAAAAGUCCAACCUUAUAAACGGAUAGAUCGUUACUAAAGAGACACAAUGGUAACUAAUACAGAGGCCAAUGGUUAUGUCUCUUCAAUUGAAUGGUCAGAAGAGGGUGUCCAGCUUAAGGAGUUUGCUCGUAAAUACAAAUUACCCACCGUGGGUCGUGUGGUUAAAGGUCAUUAUGAAGGUAUCGGUGUUCCUAGUUUAUCAUGUCCAUCAUCUCGACAAACGGCUUUCUGGUUGAACGGUGGUCAAGUUGUUAAAGUCGCCGCUCAAUGUGUUAAAUUUAAAGAGUCGCGAGGUUAUAAUGGCCUGUCAACAUCUCGACCUGUUCCCUUUGGCCCUAAACUUGCGAUACCCGAUAAUUAUGAAGGUUUCUUUGAAAUAUUAUCUGAGGAAGGUCGUUCAGUCCGUUGUAUUGAAAGUGUCAAUGAAUUAGUUAAAAGAUCAUCAACUAAUUCAGUUCUUAUCCGUGAAUCUGUUAAAGUUUAUCUACCCAAAAGUGAUAAUGAAAAUAUCGUCAGUGAUAAAAGUCGUUCAUUGUCCAUCGGUGAAGUGUUAACAUUAUCUAAUUCAAACAAUACCAAUAAUAGUAAUAGUGAUAAUCUAAAUAACAAUCAUCUAAAUAGUAACAAUUGUACUAACAAAGAUAACAAGUCAUUCUCAACAUCAACAGCAACAACAACAACAACAAUUGACCCUUUAUCAACAUCACCAUGUGAUAAUCAAGUCAACAAUAGUAAUAAUAAUAAUAAUUCUGGUUCCUCAGUGUCAACAUCUGAUUCCUCAUCAUCAACCUCAUCCUCGCCAAUGUCAUCAACCUGUUCAUCAACAACCGGAUCAUUACCAUUUAAAGUCAAAUCAUUAUCCCCAUCAACCCAUUGUCAACCCACAACAACAACAACAACAGUUUCCUCUUCAUCAUCAACACCCUCAAAGUAUAUCAAAUGUUUUACAGGUAAAGGUGAUAUUGUUUACCUUCCCAUUGAGGGUAAAGGUCGUUUCAGUCCAAUAGCUAAAGAGGAAUCAAUUUCCGGUGUCCACAGGAUAUCAUCACUUUUAACGAAAAGAUUACCUUUAAUGGUUAGAUUAGUUUUCGGCCGACCACCGGCGGGAUUUAAAUCUUUCACACCGGAGAUGAGACUUUUCUCAAUAUUUUCUGAAGAUUAUCUGAUGGCACUUCCAGUUACCAAAGAAUCGGCUCCCGUGGUAACCAUUCCCAUUUCGGCUUCACUUAAAAUAAUCGGUCCCAAAAAUGGUUCCUACCUUUCAACUCAUCGGCAUCAUGAAACUUUAAUGAAUCGUUUCAACGAUAAAACCUCUGGAUCACCUAGUACAUUAUUACCCAAUAGGAUAUUAGUUUGUGAAGGAUCAUCUCUGGGUAAAGGAUUUAAAAACAAUUGGAAAGAGGUUAAUCCUGAGGUUAAUGAACAAUCAGCCAACAAUCAACCAAAUACUUGCGGUAUCACGGUAACAAGUGAAUCAGUUAAAUAUAAUCACAAGAAGCGUUUAUUUCAAUCAGAUUCAAUUGAGCUAAUUGCCAAUAACAACAAUAACAACAACAACAACAAUAAUAAUAAUAAUAAUAGUAAAAGUGUUAAAGAUAAAUCAUCAGGUAAUAGUGACAAUUUAAAAAAUUGUGGUGAUUCUGAUUCAAUGGGGAUUGAUGAACCCACUCUGGUUGAUAAUGUUGUUGAUAGUAAUGGUGUUAUCGAUGGAUUAACUGGUCAGGUUAAUGGUGGAAAGGUAAAUGGUGAUGAUAAUGAUGAGGGAGAUGAAGAUGACGAUGGUUCUUGUUAUGAUGAGAUUGAUCAGAUUUACGAUUAUGUAAGAGGAUUUGCUCCACUUCCGGAAAAGCUUCGACCUCAUCGACCAACCAAGGAAAAAGAUUCACCUUUAUCAGCUGAUUCACCUCCUGAACCUCCACCAAUUGAAACGAUUCCUAGUUUAGGAAAUCAUCAUCAUCCUUCACAUCAUCAUCCUGGACAUCAUGGUCUUACCUCUCAUCAUCCUCAAUCAUCUUCCCAUCAUCAUUAUCCUUCAGGAUUUAGACGUUUAUCUUAUCCAACCAUUUUCCAUGAGAUUAUCCCGAAGAUGGGCUUAUAUGAGAAAAAGAUGAUCUCCUCUCCUUCUGAUCAUAUUUAUGAAAAAGUUCCCGUUGAACGAAAAUGCCCAGAGAAACGAUAUCAUAGUGGAAAUUUACGAACUCGAGAUUAUCAUCAGCAAACAUCAUCUUCUUCUCAUCAUCAUCAUCAACAACAACAAUCAUCUCAUGGUCAUAGAAUCCCAAUGAGAUCCAAUAGUACAGGUAAAAUGUAUCUUCCACUCAAUGGAUUACCAAUGCAUCCACAACAAUCAACUAAUCCUGUUCAUCAUCAUCAUCUACAACCUUCCCAUCAUCAACAUCCUCAACAACAACAACAACAACAACAUACUCACGGUCAUCAUCCAUUAGUUAAACCUAAACUAUUUAUUAAAUCAAAUCAGCCAACAUCAAAUUUUCAUAAUGGGCUACUGAUUAACGGUAAUCCAUCAAAUGGUCAUCAUGGUAAUCGGAAAACAAGUAAACUGAUGAGAUAUGCUAAAGGAUUAUCUCUUGGUAAUGAAAACACUGCUCCUUAUUAUAACAAUAACAACAACGAAUCUGAUAAGGAUUAUAUUCAUCAGAACAAUUCAAUUAACAACAAUUAUCAUUGUAACAAAAGUAACGGUAAUGUUAACGAUGAUAAUAAUAACAAAUGGACCUUCCGGUCAAGCCGAUCGCUAACAACAUCACCUUUAUUCAAUAUACGCUAUAAAUCAUUGACCAAUUUACACUUUAUCACCCCGUUGGCCAAUUCACCCUCUUCAUCGGGUAAAGGUUAUUAUGAUCAUCAUUCCAAUAACACUUUGGCCUCAUCCAAUUCCUCUGGCGGUAAAAUAUCCUCAGGCUCUGGUCGGUCAGUUGAAUCUCCAAGUGAUAAUAUUACCAAGGCAAAGAAAACUCGAAAAUUAUCUCGACCAUUAUCAUUUAGUAAUCUUUUCUGGGAUUUAAAAAAUGACCUAAUCUCAUCUUCAUCUAAUCGUGAUAAUAAUAAUUCACUUGAAUCAAUGAAUCCAGAUCCAAGGAUUUCAUCAAGUCCAAAUGGAGCUGAUUCAAGUGCCAUGGUGUUAACGCAAUUAGUUAAUAAUGUGGCCUCUAAUCGUCGAGUGGGAACACUUUACCUGUAAAAAGAAAUCAUAAUUUAUUUCAUCUUGUAACAAUUAUCAUAAUCAUCAUCAUCAUCAUCAUCAUCAUCAUAAUUAUCAUCGGCAUCUCAACUAUAUAAUUAAUCCUUUUAUAUAAUUUUACAACAAGACGCUUCAAACGGAUUAACGAUUUGGGAUUAACCAAAAUUUUGAAUGAUUUUCAAUCGUUAAUCACGUUAUUAACGUUUAAUUAACGUUUCAAUACAGUUUGAAAAAACAAACAGUGAUAAACUCUGCUUACAAUUAAAUAACAAUUGAAAAUCUCUUAAUCAAUUAAACAUGGAGAAAGGCAAAACAAAUUAAACGAAUCAACAAUUAGCUGAUGAUUAGACACAAAUUGUAAUUACAAUUGUCAAUUGUGUCUUGUGUUGUUUUAUUUUAUUUUUUUGCUUUGGCUGUUUAAUUUUGAUAAAAUGAUUAGAUUUUUGUAUGUUAAUCAUCAAAUUUGUCACAAUCAACACUUCUAAUCAAUUUUAUACCAAUUUAAUUACUUUUGUUUUUCUUAAUUGUAAUAUGCCAAUUGUGCCAACGUUUUAAUUACUAUCUCUCUCUCUCUCUCUCUCUCUUAAUUUGCAACUCUUUUCAAUUAAUACCUUUUGUUUUCACUUUUUAAUGAUGAUUAUCAUCAUUAUCAUGAAAAAUUGAUUACAACCUUGACUCCCACUCACGUUCAAUGAUUUUUAAUAUAACAAUUUACAAUUAAUACAAAGUCAAUUUAAUUAUCGUCUUGAUGAUACACAAUAAUUAAAACUCAUUUACAGAAAACUCCACCCAAAGUUUUAUCGUAAUUGUCAAAGGAUUUUUCUUAAUUACUAAUCAAUUAGCUUUGUUUUUACUUGAUCAAUACAAAUACAAGAUCAAUUGAAUCAGUUAAUUACCAUCAUCAUCAUCAUCAUCAUCAUCAUCUUAAUGAUUAAAUUUGGAAAGGUGAACAAGUUAAAUUGGAGAGAAAUCAAUUCUUGUUAAUUGUUAUUACAAUCUCAUUGUAUACUUGAUCAAUGAUGAUGAUGGCGAUGAUGAUAGACACCUUAAUGACCUUAAGUUAAUCAAAUUUGUUUAAUCAGCAAUCAAAUUAAGGUGCAAACAUAAUCGUGAAAAUUAUUUUCUCUCAAUGAGAAAAGUUUUUUUUGCAAUUCACUUUUUCACAGAUGAAAAGAAAGAGGAAAGUAAGAUGAGAAUGAUGAUGAAGAUGAAGAUGAAGAUGAAGAUGAAGAUCAUGAUGAUGAUGAUGAAGAAAGAGAGAGAGAUGACUUUAUCCUUGGUCUUUUUUUCGGAAAAUCUGAAUAAACGUUUUUGGAACUUUUCAUUUUAAUUUUUAAUCUUCUUGAACUUGAAACUUCCUCUUCAUCAUCUUCACAAUUAAGAGGAUGAAGAUGAAGAAGAUGAUGAGUAGGAGGUAGAAAUGAUAAUGAUGAUGAUGAUGAUGAACUUAUCUAGUGAAUUGAUUAUAUCAAUUACCAUGAGUACUGAAAGUUUGCCAACCUUUUCAUGAAGAUGAUGAUUUAUCUUAAAUUAGAGUUAACAAUUGGUUAAUUGUUUCAAAUUUAAUAGAUUUCAUCAUAAUUGAUCAGGGGUGGAAGAGAGAUCAAGAUUAAUUGAUAAUCAAUCAUCUGGACUCAGGUAAUUGUAAGAUAAUUGAUUGAGAUUAUUAUUAUUCAUACAAAAUAUGAAUUAAAAUCAAAGAAAGUGAAAACUUAAUGAUGAUUAGAUUAUCUUAAAAGGAUAACCUUUACUCUUGAGUCCAUUUUAAAGGUCAUCUAACAAGGUUAAUCAUGGUGGUGAUGAUGAUGAUCAGGAGAUAUGCUUUAAAUUAUCAAAUUGAUGAUGUUGAUCAUAAUCAAUAUUGAAACUGGUUUCUGGUUAAUUUACUUUUUCCUAUUGAAAAUCAUCAUUAUCAUAGAGGGAUUUUUUUUCACAUAAUCAAGCCAAUUAUGAUUAACAAUCAAGAAUCCGAAACUGAAUCCACUGAAUUCAGUAAUUGAAAAGUUUUCUGGUUCAACAUUUAUCAUGAUAAUAAUGCUCAACAAUCAAAUGAUAAUAAUAAUAAUAUCAAGAAACGUUAAUGAUUCAGGAAAUUAACUGAAUAUCACUUGAAGCUAUUAAUAUAUUUUUACCAUCAUUAAACUUGAAAAUGGUUAAUUAACUUUCUAAUCUAUUAAU